UGGUAGAAUCAGAUAUAUCUCAGUCGAAGGCCUUAUUCCCGGUGAAGUUGUUUGCUAAGAAUAAUAACCUAAAUUAUUUGCAAUGAGGAUUCGAAGACCUACCAGCAAGCGCACAUCUACCAAGAUGCGUGAAGGAAUCAAGAAGAAAGCUGCUGCCACGCGGCGGAAAAACAAGAAGGAGGCUAAGAAGGAUGUGACGUGGAAGAGCCGAGUGAAGAACAAUGGUAAACUCGAUAUCGACCAGAUCCCGAAUACUUUCCCUUACAAGAACAAGAUCAUCGAGGAGCUCAUGCAGGAGAAGGAGGCUGCUAAGCUUGAGCGGGAGCGGAGACGGAAAGAAAAUAAGGAGAAAGCGAAGCUUGCUAGGGAGAACGGCGAUGAAGAGAUGAUUGUCGACGCCGAAGAGGAGGAGAUGUUGCUAGACGAAGACGAGGAGCUUGAGGAGGGAGGAGAGAUGAACGCGCUUAUGGCAUACGCCCGAAAAAUCGCAAAGAAUUACGAUGACGAAGACGACGAAGAUGAUGACGAGAUGGACGAGGAUGAUUCUGGGGAGGAGGAUGCGGAUGAUGCGGGAGAGGAAUGGUCCGGCUUUGGAUCGGCCAACAGCUCGUCUGAGAGCUCGCGCAAGUCUUUCGACAAGGUGUUCAAGUCAGUGGUUGAUGCCGCGGACGUCAUUCUAUACGUUCUGGAUGCUCGUGAUCCUGAAGGUACACGGUCAAUCGAGGUCGAGAAGUCCAUCUAUGGUUCAAUGGACAAGCGCCUCAUCUUUGUGCUCAACAAGAUCGAUCUUGUUCCUCCCCAUGUUCAAAAGGCGUGGGAGACUUAUCUCAAAAACUUUUUCCCUGUCGUGUGUGUUCGGGCCUCUUCUGCGGCUCCCAAUGCCCAGUUUUUGAACAAGAAGGAUAUCACUACGCAAGGAUCAGCCACAACUCUUCUCAAGGCGCUCAAGUCAUACGCCAACAAGACCAAUCUCAAGCGAUCUAUCUCUGUUGGUAUCAUUGGCUAUCCUAACGUAGGAAAGUCAUCGAUCAUCAAUGCUCUCACCAACAAGCUCGGUGGCCGCAAGACUGUUUGCCCUGUUGGUGCUGAAGCCGGUGUCACUACCUCCAUGCGCGAAGUGAAGCUUGACAGCAAAUUGAAGCUGCUGGAUUCCCCUGGUAUCGUGUUUCCUUCUACGACUGUCUCGUUUGAGGGAAUGGACGAAGAUGUUGCGAAGGAAGCCCGACUUCUCCUGCUUGGAGCGCUGCCGCCAAAACAGAUCACCGACGCUAUCCCCGCUGUCACGAUCCUGAUCAGGAGACUUGAGUCUGUCCCCGAACUGUGGGAGAGCUUAAUGAAGUAUUACGAUCUGCCAUCACUCAUGCCGAAGGUCGGCGAGAACGGACAGUUUGACAAAUCGACCGAUUUUCUAGUUAACGUUGCCCGCAAGCGUGGAAGAAUCGGAAAAGGUGGUGUUCCCAACCUACAGGCGGCCGCUAUGACGGUCAUCAACGACUGGCGUGAUGGCAGAAUUCAGCGAUGGGUCAUGCCUCCUACUGAGGUUCCUAAAGAUAGCAUGGACACCGGUGUCAAGGUGUUGAAGAACAAGGAAGGAAAGAAUGUGGAACAGAAGGAAAUCGUUCAGGAAUGGGCCAAGGAGUUCAGUUUGGAUGGUUUGUGGACUGCUGAUGACGCCCGGGAUGAUGAGAUGGAAGAUUAAACGCGAAAGACUUGUAAUGCAUUAGAUUUAUAUAGAUGAUCGAUGUUUCCACAUUCUCUUGUUUGCCGUAUUUUGUUUAAUGCUUGCAUUGCUGGUUACAAUAAAAGUUUUUGGAUACUUGAAUAUCAGAUCUUGCAAAUAACGCUCAUGAUUAAUCUGCUUUCGGUCAUUCUUCCCGACAUGCCAAAAUAGGAAAGUAGUAUACACGCGCUGC